GUUUGCGCUGCUCAGACGAAUGACUUCACCUUGCUGAAUAGUGUGAAGACCCAAGACGAGCAAUCUCCCACUGCUGAAGUUGUGCUAACCAGCAGCUUCAAUGCCCGAGACGACGAGCCGCGCGCCCCUCCGCGGCUGGGACCACGGCCUGUUCACUCACCAUGAGGAAACCGCUGCUUUUCGUGGCACCCGCCACGUGCCUAUUUCUGGUGUUUCUAGGUCUCUAUCUUCGCCGUGAGCAGCUUGCGCAGGUUCCUCGGCCGAAGUUUCUCAGACCGGACGGAGAACCUAGACAGGCGGCAUCAACAGCAGUUGCUGAUGAACCCUCGACAGCGACCGCUACCACGCGACAUGAAACAUUACCCCAGGAGACAAGGGCUUCCUACAUAAACUCCAUCAUGGACCCAGACGCGGACGAUCCGCCUCGGCUGCACUGUCCUAAGCUAGAUCCAUCACGAUAUCAGCACCUGCAGAUCGGCAACGAGGAGCCUGUCUCAACAGGCAUCCGUUACUUCUUUGCCCUCGAUCUCCGCCAAUGUCUUCCCCUUCUGCCCCGUCUCAUCGGCAGCGUGGUAGAAGCCAUCCGCUUCCUCGGCCCCGAGCACUGCGCCCUGUCCAUUGUCGAGGGUAACUCGGACGACGGCACAGGGGAAGUCCUAGCGGCCCUGCGUCCCAACCUCGAGGCGCUCGGCACCACCUACUACUUCAGCACUAGCGACAUCAAUCCGAAAGAAGCCGACCGCAUCAAGCGUCUGGCCGCUCUGCGCAACCUCGCCAUCCAGCCCAUCCUCGACGCCGCCAGGAGCGCACCCAACAACGAGAAGAAGCCUACAUUCUCCUCCAACACCACCGUAGUCUUCCUCAACGACGUCGCCAUCUGCGCAGAGGACAUCCUCGAGCUGGCGCACCAGCGCGACCAUCUCGGCGCGGACAUGGUGUGCGGGAUGGACUGGACGUACGUGGGGCGCGACCCGACCUUCUACGACGUGUGGGUGGCGCGCACGCUGGCCGGCGGCGACUCCUUCUUCGAGAUCCCUCCCGACGGCAGCUGGGACUCGGCCUGGAACCUGUUCUGGAACGACGGCGCCGCGCGGGCGCGUUUUCGCGCACACCGGCCGUUCCAGGUGUUUUCCUGCUGGAACGGCGCGGCCGUGUUCUCCGCCGCGCCGCUGCUCGAGCAUGCGGUGCGCUUUCGGGCCCCGCGGCAGGGGGAGUGCUAUCAGGGCGAGCCGCAGCUGUUUUGUAAGGAUUUGUGGUUUUAUGGGUAUCGUAGGAUUGCGGUGGUGCCGGCGGUCAACUUGGAGUAUUCUAAUGAGGCGGGGGCGAAGAUCAAGGAGGCCAAGGGAUACACGUCGCGUUGGGUGGGCGCGCCGGGAUUGGAGGAUGACACGAUUGAGUGGCAGAAGGAGCCGCCGGAGAAGAUCAAGUGCAUUCCCUCGUACGACAAGCAGUUCUUUGAGGUAUGGAAUAAGACGCAGCCGGGAACUUGAGGGCGGGACGAGCGAAAGACUUGGGAUUGCAGUGGUCUCCACCACAGGGUCGGCCGGGGCGACGGCGAGCGGCCAACCUGAGCAGUUCACUCAGGUCGGGCAUCUGACUCAGA